CGUUGGUAUCGAGCAUAUUCCUGGUAAAUAAGAAACAUUCAAUUGACAAUUUCAGGUGUUCAUUUAAUAGGCGUUUCCACGGUGUGUUUUUAAGUAAUAUCGUUGUAAAUACGUUCAAUGUAUUAUUCGGUAUGACGUUUUUCUCGGAUAUCGUACGAAAGUAUUUUCAAAGCGCUUCUGCAAACAUUUUUCACGACGUGACGGACGACAAAAACACAAAUCGUGUAGUACGCCUUUCGCAAGCGGCAAUUGCGCAUAAGACUCUCUGUUCUCUUCGCCGAUACGACGAUCGCGAUGGUGAAGGUAUUGUCUGUGAAAUCGAGGCGGCGAAGGAGCGAAAAGUGCAAGAAUGUGAGCUUCAGAUUGCCUAUUCCGUCUGUAUCUUUGGUGAUCCGAGAGAAACGAAAAGCUCGGUUAAAAUUGUAUGCGUGUAUAUGUAAGUUGCAAAAUGUGCAUGAGAGUGCGUAUCAACUAAAGAAAUGCCGUUAAAAAUGUAACUUGAAACGUUAGAUUUUGGAUUCAAGUUUACUUACUUUUUGCGACGCUACGCGAAUAUGUAAGUUAAGUAAAUACAGGGUGCGGCGAAAGGUAUGCCCUCAUUUUGGUGAGCAAUCAAUAAAAUACUAUUA